CUUUUCUAGGCAAUGCAUUAAAAUUCCUCACGUUUAUUAUGUUUUGACCAGAUAACCAUCAGUUGUUGAGCAAUACUUGGAUGUUAAAUAAUUGAAAAGAGAUGAUGUACAAUUGUUAGUUUCAAUUUGUAUAUCCAAUCUAUGAAGAUGGUUCCUCUACCACUGUUAGCAUAUUUUUUAAUCUAUGCUUACACUGCAUCCAAUCUUUUACUUCAUUCAGAAUCAUCGGAUGUGCCUGUUGGAAUGAAGCGAUGCACCGCCAUGACCUUCUGCUAUUACGGAACUAAUUGUUGCUUAAAUGGCCUUUAUUGUUGUGGAAAACAAAAACAGUUGACCAAAGCUAUUUGGAUGUAGAGAAGAAACAGUGCUCAUAACUUAUAACUUUAUUUAAUUUGUUUAUACUCCUUGGAAUUGUUAGUUUAGUGUAAUUCUUAAUAUGUCAAUUAUCAUGUAUAUAUGUCAAUGUAAUUGUUAAUAUACUCAAUGCACAAAGUAUAAUACAUGUAUUAAUGUUGCAGCCAACGGCCUAUGUUCUGAUAGGCUAGUUAUGCACAUAUAAAUAAAUCUUAUUUUGUUAUCCAUUAA